CUGAAACCCUGCCUGAUUUGUGGGCAAUGUUGGGGAUGUAGAAAAAAAGGAAAGCCUGAGAGAGAGAGAAGCAGACGAGAGAGGGAGAGACAACACUAACCGGGUAGCUAUGGAGAUAGUAGCUUUCUCCGCUCGCUUUCUUUGACAGGUGUCGAGGAGAGGAAUACAUUUUUUUUUUAAAAAGUGUAAGCCGAGCAGCCUCCAAGAUGUACGGCAAGGGCAAAGGAGCCGUGGUCCCCUCCGAUAGCCAAGCGAGAGAAAAGUUGGCGUUGUAUGUGUACGAGUACCUACUACACGUGGGAGCACAGAAGUCAGCACAGACCUUCCUUUCUGAGAUUCGAUGGGAGAAGAACAUCACAUUAGGGGAACCUCCUGGAUUUCUCCAUUCGUGGUGGUGCGUAUUCUGGGACUUGUAUUGUGCGGCUCCAGACCGACGGGAGACGUGCGAGCACUCCAGUGAAGCCAAGGCCUUCCAUGACUAUAGCGCGGCAGCAGCACCCAGCCCUGUUAUGGGCAACAUGCCCCCCAACGACGCCAUGCCAGGUGGUCCGAUGCCCCCAGGCUUUUUCCAGGGACCACCCGGCUCUCAACAGUCCCCCCACGCACAGCCCCCCACACACAACCCAAGCAACCCCAUGAUGGGACCCCACGGCCAGCCUUUCAUGUCACCGCGGUACCCGGGUGGACCCCGACCCGCUCUCCGAAUGCCAAAUCAGCCUCCAGGUGGAAUCCCGGGCUCUCAGCCUCUCCUGCCAAACAGUUUGGAUCCAACGCGACCGCAAGGGCAUCCUAACAUGGGCGGUCCAAUGCGGAUGAACCCCCCUCGAGGAAUGGCAAUGGGCCCACAGAAUUACGGCGGCAUGAGACCUCCACCAAACUCCAUGGGAGGCCCUAUGCCAGGAAUGAACAUGGGUCCAGGAGGGAGAGGGCCGUGGCCGGGACCUAACGCCAACUCAAUAGCCUACUCAUCCUCAUCUCCAGGCAAUUAUGUGGGACCCCCAGGUGGUGGAGGUCCACCCGGAACUCCCAUCAUGCCCAGCCCAGGUGAUUCGACCAACUCUAGUGAAAACAUUUACACAAUGAUGAACCCUAUUGGACCGGGAGGCAACAGACCCAAUUUCCCUAUGGGACCCGGGCCUGACGGGCCGAUGGGCGCUAUGGGAGCCAUGGAGCCGCACCACAUGAACGGGUCACUCGGGUCUGGAGAUAUGGACGGCUUGCCAAAGAGUUCCCCGAAUAACAUGGGGGGCAUGAACAACCCACCGGGAACGCCGCGAGACGACGGCGAAAUGGGCGGAAACUUCUUGAAUCCUUUCCAAAGCGAAAGUUAUUCUCCCAACAUGACGAUGAGUGUGUGAUUUUAUUUUUUUCCUUUUUUUAUGUUGGUUAUUUUUUCCCUUCGUCCUUUUUGUACCCCUGCACCUGUUUUUGUGUUGUUCCCCCUCCCGCUAAUUCCCGCAAUCCUUACCUCAUCCUCGGAUCGGGCCUUCUCCUUCUCAACCUUCUUCACGCGUGAACCGCAGCACUCGUCCUCCUCCGGAGCGCCCCUGAAACUCACCGGGACUCUGGUGAAAAAGACGGGGACACCAGGAGCGUGCAAAAUGGCCGCCGGGCCAGGCGGGAAGACGCAGCAGGGCAACAGGAAGAGGCUCUUCUCAGACUUUAGACAAUGAACGAGGACAAACGGAGAAAAAGGAGUGUGAGACACGCUCGAGGACGCUGCUUUCUGGAAUCGUCAUCCACAGUCGGACUUAUUUUAUUUUUUUAAACUGUUUUUAAUGUGUUGCUCCCAAUCUCUGUUUGUACAUUUUUAACAGAGGUGUUGUAAUGAACUGUUUUUUUCCAAGUAUGUAUGUAUUGUAUCAUUGCUCUUUUUAUUAUUGUAUUGUUAUUGUUAUUAAUUAUAACUAUGCUCCUUUUUUGUUCAUUCAGAAGGCACAUUACUUUGUGAAAGACGGCCUAAUUAUGUGCACACAAAUGAUGUCACCUCACUUCUCCCUGCUGGUAAGAUUUCAUCCCUACGACCUUUCUUUUUAACUCAUUGUUCAGCCAAUUCGUAAUUUUGUUAAGCAAUUUGUUUGUGAUGAAACGAUCGCUGCCAGAUACCUUCCACCCCCGCCUUCCCGUCUAUGGUAUCCUAACAUAGAAGCCGUCUUAGUGGCUACCAAUGAGUUAAUUUAUGAAAAACGUUAAACCUAUUAGAACAGUAGAAAGAUUGUUAAUCUAUUUCCUUAGUCUCAGUUUUGUAAGUGGUCAUUUUACUGCAUGGUCGACGUAAAACUAGUUCAUUUUUAAAGCAACUCUGGUUUGUCAAUCACCGUGAAUGGCAGACAAAGAGCAGUGCUAUUUAUUUAUGGACUUUUAGUUUUAAUUCUUUGACUUAUGAGCCUAUAAACGCCAAAUUGCCAUAUCAAAACUGUAAAGAAAAAUCUUAUUUAUCUGAUUUGGCCAUGUGCAAGGAACCUAGCAAAUACGUAUAAGUGAGCCAUUUUGUGUUUAAAGUAGGAGUGGGACUUGAUUUAAAAAUUCAAUCGGAAUAAUUUAUAGGCUUUUUAAUUAAUCAAAUUUUAACUUCGUAACAAUAUUUGUCCCAUAAAGCUAAAUCAUUUUUAAUUUGAAAGAAUUUCAGUGUGUGCAUGAAUCAAAUAAUAUACUAUGGAAAAUUGAAAAUGAUUUAAUUUCAAUACAAACAAUAUUUCAGUUUCCGGUUUAUAAUAGUGGCGAAAAACGUAAAUAAUAGCCAGUAUUUCCAGAAAGUAGGGAAAAUAGCUGUUGACACACCUUUUUAAAAGCCAGUAGCUAGGCAUGUGCUGGUAUGAGAUUUUAACGGUAUGAUAACCCUAAGCAAAAAUACCACGGGCUCACAUUAUUGCAAUUAUAACUCUAAAAUGUAUUAUUUUAAGAUAUAUGGGUUAAUUUUUUUCCCAUUGAACAGGAUUUUUUUUAAUUUUUCACAACAUUCAACAAGAAUAUAAUGUCAAAAUAAAUAAAAUAAAAGAUAACGGAAAUAUUUUAAAUAACAUUGACAUAAAUGGAACUUAUAGACUAAACUCACAGCUGCAGCUCAAGUUGCUAAACAUUAGAACAAAAAUAAUUAUUUUCCAUAAAAAAAGUAAAACCACUUGUAAAUAAAAUUGAAAUAUAUAUUGCAGGCACUUCACAUUUUUAGAGACUUGCUCAUAUUCUACAUAUUUCUCUCUCAGUCCAAGUUAUUAUGCAGGAAUGUGAGUAUGUUCACCUGUUCUGGGUUAAUAUACCACUACUGUUAAUAUUAAUUGGUUGAAUAUUAAUGGAGAGUGACCGCAAGAGACUGUGUGUGUAUAACUUGUAUCAUUAUUUACACAUUGUACACACACACAUCCUGUCUCAACACAGAAAGUCGCCAGAGAGGAAAAAAAACACCACAGGAUAUAUUAUGAAAAUGUUAAUUUGAACUAGUGCUGCAACGACUAAUCGAUUAACUGGAGUAUUCGAUUAGAAUAAAAUAUUCGAAUUAAGUUUUGUUGCUUCGAGUAUUCGUUUAAUUAAAGUGGCGUUGUAAUGGUUUAUUUUGAAAGUGUUUGCAUUUAGUUUUAUUGAUUAGGGUGGACAAACUGCCCUCUGGGCUGCCUCAUUUCACAUGGCUGAAUCCAACUGCUCUCUGUUAAGACCAACGUAAGCCAGGUUUUUGUUUGAGCUAAUGUUUUUUUUUAAUGCAUUCGUAAAUUAGUUUAAAAAUAUAUUUAGCCGUUUUUUUGUGGGAAUUUGUGUCUGAACAAUUUGUUAAGAACAAUGUAAAAAAACGUUAGCAUUUUACAGCAUUUAAGCUAGCGGACUUUUGCAAUGCAAGUUAGCCAAUUAUUCUUUUGUUGUACAUAGAUCCUCAUUUAUUUUUCUAUACCGUUUGAAGCUUAGCUCAGGUAUUUUAAUUUUUCAUGUUACUUAUCCGAUUAAUCGAUUAUUCGAACUAACUAGUUCAUCGAUUAAUUGACUACUAAAAUAAUCGAUAGCUGCAGCCCUAAUUUGAACAGAUGUUUACAAUAGCGGAAGACUUCACAAAAGCACGCUAAUAGAGAGAAAAUUAGUUAGCCUUCUUGGCAUGCUAACUAGCCACGUGAACAGCCUCGUUAACAAGCUCACGUUAUAGUUUUUGUUUUACCAUCACUAGACACACGAAAGACGCUGGAGUGAACUCUCGUAGCUGGUGGGAAACGUUCAUGACAGCAUUUACUUAGCCUACAUUUUGUGUAAAGUGACGGAUGAUGGUCACAUAAAUGUGAAAUCAUGUUGGAGGUGUUGCCUGCACGUCGGCUGUCCUUCCUCCUCUAAGCCGCAGCCGUCUGUUUCUUUUCGGUAGCCGAAAUACUCCCGUACUAGAUUAGACUUUUUUGAGGGGGUUUUGAAAAAGCUUAGGUGUAGUUUUGACGGCGACAAGAGUGUCACUGACACACAGAACAGAGCAACAACCGGAGGGGGAGGGGUGAGCGCUGCCACUUAAGCCAUUUCUCGCUGCAUUUUUGGGACAUAAAAAUAUCUAAUACCGUACGACGCGAUGACGAAAAAUUUUAGUGGUUUUGAAACUGACGUUUUCAUACCACGGUAAACCUUGAAACCAGCACAUGCCUAGCACAGUACUAUAUUAGCCAAUCAAAUGCCAGUCUGAGAUUGUCCUGCCUCUUUGUUAUGCAUUGGCUACCCGCUGUCCUAUAUGUAGCUAAUGGCCUUCAGACGCUUUAAUGGAGUCUUAGGCCAUGCCUACACCUAGCAGGGUUUUUUUUAAACCGAGGAUCCAGCCCUAAUACGUCCAGAAUAAAUAAUUACUUCUACACCAGCACGUUUGUAGGGGAAAAAAAGCUUCCAUAGCCAACCGCAUUCAUUCGUUUUUCAGUAAAUUCAUAAUAAUGCGCGAUAAAUAAUCAUCCAUGAUACCCCCAUCCUUCACAUGUGUUCUUCAAUAUGAAGAAAUGCAAGAGUUGGUUAAUAAAUGUAAUCAAAAAGCAUCUUUCUAUUAGAUCUAAACGUAAACAAUGUAAACAUUGGUCUCAUGUGUGACAUAGAACCAAAGUUUGUCGCAGUCAUUGACUUUCCAACAGUUAAAGCUUCGGUUAUCAGUGUCCACAUGAUGGCGCCACAAACGCAGAACUCGCCCAUCUUCACUUCUGAAGGAGUUUUUAAGAACCCUCGUUUAAAUGUGCAUGUGAGUGUGGAUGAUCGGCCAAACUAGGAGUGGGAACUUCUUGGUACCUUACGAUACGAUUUGCGAUACAGAGCUCACAAUAACGAUGAUCUGACGAUACAGCGAUACAACGAUUUCUGAUACAUUGGUCAGAAAAUCCUUCUGGGAUAUUCUAAAAAAAACUAAUAAACAGAAAACAAGAUUUUUGCUAUGAAUUGGAAUAAGUUUAUCACUAGUAGACGUCCAACAUUCGUUCAUUCGCUGCCAUCCCUCCCAUUCGCUGCCAUCCCUCCCACUUCAAACGGAUUGAAUGUCUAUGGCCGUCAGUUGCAGCCAAUGCCAGGCUGAGCAAUGAGUAAUUUUGGGCCAUUUAAGGUCAUUUACCUGUUGAUUUUCAGUUACUUCCUGUUGAUUUUGGGGUAUUUUAUGGGUCACUUGCUGUUUAUUUUGCGUUACAGAACAGGAAGUCACCUGAGAAUCACCCAAAUGAAUAGGCAGUGACUCAAACUCAACAGGAAAUGACCUGUAAAUGCCCUAAAAUGUAAAGCAAGUGACCUAUACAAGCCCCAAAAAUCGGACCGAAUGACUGUGAAUGCUCUGGUUUCGAAUGAACGAACGUUCCCAGUCUAAAUGGUUUGGGCGUCGAGCACCGUCAAUGGCAGCCUUUUUUUUUUUUUUUUAAUUGACACUUUUUUAAAACGAUAUCUCGAUUCUUGACAGGGGCAUAUCGAUAACCUUUUGGGAUACAAACAAAGUAUCACCAUAUAUCACCAUUUCGAUAUUUUGUCACACCCCUAGGCCAAACCGUAGAAAAAGUUCUUCUUUUCGCCAAAUACCCUGCUACGUGUAGACAUGGCCUUAGACCAGGGGUGUCAAACCGAUUCCAGAAAUGGCCAAGUGGGUGCUGGAUUUUGUUCCAACCGAUACCGUGCAGAGAGUUUAACCAAUGAACUUCCUACUGAAACAAGCAGCACCUGACAAAGUUUAACUGAUUACACAUGUAAAAGAUCUGAUUGGUGAAAAGGUGUCCUCUUCAUUGAUUGUUAAGCAAACCUGCACCCAAUUGGCCUUUUCUGGAAUCGGUUUGACACCUGUGCCUUAGACAGAAAGGAGAAAGACAGAAACAGAUUGCACAGGUAAAAAAAAAAAACUAGAGUUCUGUGAUUGAAAUGCAACCAACAAAUAACUCAUUGGUUGCCACUCACGGCAUUAGAUGUCCAAUGCAUUUUUACAAGGAGAGGCUGAUAGCGAUCGUUCCCCACCCAUUUAACUCAUUGGCUGUCAUUGACGGUGCUAGACGUCCAAUCUAUUUUGAACGGGAGGGGGUCGUUCCUUUGCCCCACCCAGUCAAAACUGAUUGAACCUCUAGUGCUGUCAAUGGCACUGAAACAUAAAUAAUUCACCACCAUUGUGUAGAAAUGGCAUAUUUUCAAUGAUGCAGUUUUGCAGGACCUCAAUUAGCCACAUCACUGGUAGCAAAGGUGUAAAUAUACAGCACCGUGUCUUCAUCUGUGUGAUGUCAUCAGACCACCAACCAGAUACACCCCACAAAGUACUUCAGCUUUUUUUCUUGGGAGGGAGCCCCCCUGCUCACACACAAUCUGAUUCCAGUGGUCCCUUGUGUUUUGUUUGUUUACCUUAUAAUUCAUCACACAAUACCGUAUUGGCCCGAAUAUAAGACGACCCUGUUUAUAAGACGACCCCCUUUUUCAAGACUCAAGUUUGAAAACAGACUUUUUGAACACCAAAUUAAUUUUUAUUCAGAAAAUAAUUACAGUACAUCUGAAACAAAUGAUUAUAACAAAAUAUUUGAGAGAAAAAGUUCUGAACAUUUAAAUAUGUAAACUAAGGUGCAAUCACAUUCGUAAAUGAAUGGCUUCUGGUUUUUGAAAUGUAAAUAAACCAAUCUAUUGUGAUAAAACAACAAAAUUGCAAUAACUGCAUAAACCAUCAAAGUGAAGUCUAACUGUAACUGUAAUCUUGAAACAAAAUUGAAUAAAGAAAUCAUUGAAAUGAUGCAAACUGGUUAAACUUGAGAGUAGCUGAGACUUGUCAUAACAGAACAUCACUUGCUUAAAUGAUAUCUGGCGCCAUCUAGCGUCAUGAAUGGGGAGAGUAGCUGAGAUAUGUCAUGACAGAACAUCGCUUCAAUGAUAUCUGGCGCCAUCUAGCGUCCUGAAUGGGUAUAAUGUCUAGACCGUGAAUAUAAGACGACCCCCCUCUUUUUCAGUAUUAUUUCAAUGCAAAAAACACCGUCUUAUAUUCGGGCCAAUACGGUAAGUACUAAGAUUUCUCAUUUUUUUUGCUGCUAGACUGUCCAAGAUGAGUACAUUUAAGUUUUGGGGUCCCAACUUACUUGGCUCCAGGCAGGUCCCUAGAUGGGGUGGCAUCGCGUUUUUUUGUUUGUUUUUUAAUCAUUUUUUCUAACCUAGUCAAUCAAAUUAUGAUUUAUAUUAAUGCUGAACCCUCCCAUCUUUUUUUUGUAAAUAUUGUAUAAUAUGUUUUGAUAUCAUUGACAUGUUUUGAUAUUUCAAAUCACAGAAACAUACUACGCGUGUUUGUGCGUGUGCACGCGGGUUGUGACAGGAUGUGCGCAUUUGCUGACAUUUAGGGAAAAGUUGGCAAAUGUUUAUUUAAAAAAAUGAGGAGGAGUUCCUGGAUUUGAAACGUCACGCACAAUUGUAACUGUGAAUCGGAGAGGAGGCCAUUUUGUUGACACAUAUCUCUUUUAAACUAUGAAGGAUCUUUUUUUUUUUUUUUUUUUUUUUUUUUUUUGAGGAUUUUUCCAGUUGUCAUUUCCAAAAAUGCAGUCAUUCUCUUUUUAUUUCUGUCCACAUCAAUGAGCAUUUCUGUAUUUUUCUUGUGCCGUUGUAAAUUACUGUAAGAUUUUAAAAAAAAAAAAGGGGGGGGGGGGGUAUUGAGGACUGUUUCUGUUCAGUUCCAACUUAUUUUAUUUCAUUUCAGCAGUAUUCAGUAUGUGGCAUUGUUUCCUAUGGGGGGCUUUGCUUUGUUUAAUGUUAGGUAGUUUUCCCAUCUGAAAUGUCUCGUGUUGUUUAAAGACAAAGAUAAAAUAAGAGGUUCCUACUUAUUCUUAUGUUUUUGUUUUUGUUUUUUUUAUAUUGUAAAAUUUCUUUAGAAUUAAAAAAAAAAUGUUAUCAAGGGGGGUGGAGGUGGGAAAACUGCAUUACAUAAUGUAUUUUUUUGUUUGUUUUUAUUUUUAUUAUGUCAUUUUUGCCUGUGUCCCCCUCCUUGUUGUAGAUACAUAUUCAAAACAAAUAAAAUGACUUCACUCCUUUUGCCAUGAA